AUGACUACUGAUUAUAAGUUUGAAGGAUGGAUGGGCGAGGAUGAACGUUCGGCGGAAGGGAAUAUGGUCUGGCAAGAGUACGAGCCCAAGAAGUGGGAAGAGACUGACAUUGAUAUCUGUAUUACCCACUGCGGUAUCUGUGGCUCUGACAUUCACGUCCUCCGCUCAGGUUGGGUUAGUCUCUACGAAGCUUAUUGUUACACGGCACGACUGAUAAAUGACUUUGUACCACAGCGUCAAGCGCCUUACCCCGUCGUUGUAGGCCACGAGAUCGUCGGCGUCGCUGUUCGUGUUGGUAGCCAAGCUGAGGGCGGCAUCAAAGUCGGCGACAUUGUCGGUGUCGGUGCUCAAUCUGACGCUUGUCUCAACCGCAAAUUAGGCGAUGACAACAAUGGGCGGCCUAAAUGCAAUGAGUGCGCAUCCGGAGAAGAGAACUACUGCACUCGCAUGGCCCCAACGUACGGCUCAAAGUUCCUAUCCACAGGCGAUAAGACGCAGGGCGGCUACGCUCGCUAUCAUCGUUGCCCUUCGCACUUCGUUUUUCGUAUCCCUGAGGGUGUCGCACCAGAGUACGCCGCACCGCUUCUCUGUGGUGGCGUAACAGUCUACUCGCCUCUAAAGCAAUUCGGUGCUGGGCCUGGUAAGAAGGUCGGUAUAGUUGGCGUGGGAGGGCUAGGUCAUUUCGCCGUGCUCUUUGCUCGUGCGCUCGGUGCCGAUGAGGUUGUAGGUAUCUCACGCCGAGAAAGCAAGAGGCAGGAAGCCAUGGACCUUGGAUGCACAGAUUAUAUCGCCACAGCUGAUGAGGAGGGAUGGGAAACGAGGCAUUCUCGGAGGCUCGACCUUAUCAUCUCAACUGUGUCGUCUCCAAAGAUGCCUCUCGCUGAUUAUAUCGGGCUCCUGCGGCUAGACGGUACGCUCGUCCAAGUUGGUCUUCCUGAAGGUCAACUCCCAUUCCGACCAGGAAGUCUUACUGGGGCGCGUCGAAGGAUUGCAGGUUCAAGCAUUGGAUCGCCGGCCGAGAUCAAAGAAAUGCUGCAGCUAGUCGCAGAUAAGAAUGUCAAGCCUUGGGUUGAGAUGCGUCCUAUGUCAGAUGCGAACCAGGCUAUCGUUGACUUCGAGGCUGGAAAGCCGCGAUUCCGCUAUGUUCUAGUUAAUUAG